AUGACUGUCUCGGUUGAUGAUCCCAAAGCAUUUGCAGCAAGGCACUUGAUUGAUUUAGGAAUCCCAGUAGAAGAUGCCAAGAAAUACAGCUGGAAAAUAUCCGGCUUUGAUGACAUCAACAAAAUACCGAGAGGCAAUUCAGUCUCAAGUGGUACGUUUACUGUCGGUGGUUAUCAAUGGAGCAUGUUCUGUUAUCCUCGGGAUCGCAAGGAAGGAAACGACAUGGUUUCGGUUUUCUUGAAAUGUAGGGGUCCACAAAAACAGAUCGACAGCUGGCAUGCUUGCGCCCAGUUUGUCUUUGCGAUUUCCAACCCAACGGACGGAACCUGCUACGUCGUUUCUUCAUCGAGCGAAUUCCGAUAUAAGGAUUCUAAAUUCGGGUGUGGGGUGGAGCCCUUUGUAAAGCUACGGGAGCUUCGCAUUGCAAACGGAUCACGCGUCAAGCCUAUCAUUGAGGAUCAUGAAGUCAUCAUAACUGCAUUUGUUCGAGUGCUUAAGGACGAAAGCGGGUUACUAUGGCAUGACUUUGUGGACUACGACUCGAAAAAAUACACAGGUUAUGUUCCCUUGAAAAACCUAAGACUUGCAUCCCACCUAGACCCCAUACUGCAGUCUCUCUUCCUGACAAAUUCCUUUCGUAAAGCUGUUUACCAAAUUCCAACCGCGCACGACGGUCGGGAUUCAGUAGUCUUGGCUCUUCAGCGCGUCUUGUAUCAAUUGCAAACAUCCGAUGAGUCUGUUGGGACAGCUGAGUUGAAGAAAUCUCUAGGAUGGAAGGCUUCGGAUGCUUCUCAGCCGUACGACGCCCAAGAAUUCACGCGCUUGCUUCGGCAUAAACUGCAUGGCAGAAUGAAAGGUACUCCCGCUGAGGAUGCCUUCCGACAUCUCAUGGCUGGAAAACGUAAAAGAUAUAUCAAAUCCGUCGACAAUGAUCAUGAGAUUAGCCAAGAGGAAACUUUCUUUGAUGUUGAACUUAAUAUCAAAGAUCUUCAGGGAGGGCCAUUCAAAACGCUGCAAGACUCUUUCAAAGCUUACGUAGCGCCACGGAAAAUCGAUAGCGACAAGCGAUACCACGCCGGUAUUGAGCAUGGUCUAAAAGAUGCUGAAGAAGGAACCAUCUUCAUAGAGUUCCCCCAUGUUCUCCAUCUCCAUCUCAAACGGUUGGAGUACAAUUUGCAGGAGGACAAGCAGGUUAAGAUCAAUGAUCAACUUGGAUUUCCAUUCGAGCUGGAUCUCGCACCUUACCUAGACGAGUCAGCUGACAAAACAGCCAACUGGAACUAUCGGUUACACAGCGUAUUGGUCCAUUCCGAAGAAGACCAAGAGCCUGAGAAGCACUAUGCCCUCAUCAAACCACGUCCUGAAUCAAAGUGGUAUAAAUUUGAUGACCAACGGGUGAUUCCGGUCACUGAUCGAGAAGUUUUGAAGAGUGGUACCCAUAGUUCGAGAAACGCUCACAUGUUGGUGUAUGUUAGAGAAACCGAAGAAGCGGAUAUCCUUGCUCCGAUUACCCUGGCCGACACUCCUAUUCAUCUCAGAUCCUCAUUGCAAAAGGAGCAGAUAGAGCGUUACCAGAAAAUGAGAGAGGAAGAAGAGAUGGGCCUGUACCUCACCACAAAGAUCGUCACAGAGAAAACCUUCCGCGCUCAUCAAGGCUUUGAUAUGGCGCUGUUUGAUGCCAAAAAUAUGCCUCCCUCCGACCUUCCGACAUUCCGAGUUGCUAAACAAGAACGCUUUUUGGACUUUAAAUCAAGACUUGCACAAAACCAAGGCCACCAACCUGAGCAAAUUCGGCUUCGUCCAUUGUUUGCACCGGAAGAGCGACCGCGUGUUGCUGUGCCUGAAGAUGAUCAUACACUGACAAUGGAGAGUGUGCGUCAAAUGGCCCCGUCAGAUCAAGAUCUCCAUCUUUACCUUGAAGUUAUCGACCCAGCGCAUGAGGCACAGGCUGCUGAAGUCGAGGAAAAGCAGUUGAUGAUCUUUCUGAAGUAUUUCAAUGUUUCGGAUCAGACAUUAUCCGGGAUCGGUCACUUUUGGGUUAAGGAGGGUCAAAAGGGAACAGACUUGGUCCCUCUCAUCAAGAGCCGCAUGGAGUUUCCUGAGGACCGGCGCCUCAAGAUUUACGAGGAAAUCGCGCCGGGGCAAGUUAAUCUGAUUGACCUCAAUACUAUCUUCACGGAAACUGAAAUGGCGGAUGGAGACAUCAUUUGCUUUGAACUCGAAUUUUCCAACGAAGAACUUGAAAAUCUUGGGAGAAAGCGACUGUAUCUCGAUCCCGUGUCGUUUUAUGAUUUUUUGGCAAAUAGGGUUCUGGUUCAAUUCAAACCUCGUCAUACCGCCAUGGCCAAGACGAUUGAGUUUGACAUCCCACUGAGCAGGACGCUUUCAUAUUCGCAGAUGGCUCACCUCGCGGGAGAAAAGUUACAACAAAACCCGGCGAAGCUCCGAUUCACUAACAGUGACCAAGGCGAACCCCAGCGCGUCAUCCGACAAGAGGGCACUGUGGCCAACAUGAUUGAGUCGCCGGACAACAAUUCCAUCAAUAACAUUGUGUUUUACGAACUCUUGGACUUGCCUGUCGAUGAGAAUGAAACGGAACGCAAGGUUAAUAUUACGUGGACUGGUGCUCACAACCGAGAAGAGGGAAGGUAUUCGUUCUUUGUGCCGAAGACUUCUUCAGUGCAGGAUGUGAUCGAUAAACUUUCGCAACUUUCGACAUGGGUCAAAUUUCCCAAAAAUUCCUCCCGAAAAAUCAAACUUUUUACUUUCCGUGACGGUCAGAUCGAAAAACAGUUUUCGGGAGAAGAGCUCUUGUCAGAUGUGUUCGAUCUCGAAGAUCUCUACGCGACCGAAGCUAAGACGACGGUAGCACAGUAUGACCCGGUAGGAAUGCUCAAAAUGCUUGAAUUUGUUACAAAGCUAAACGCGGAUGGAACCAACUACCAAGCUUGGCUCAGGACGGUGGAUAGUAUUUUAGGAAUGGCUACUGGGAAGGUGAAUCUGUUGACAUCGCCGGACCAGACGAUAGGGCCCGCGGAAGACCUGAUCAUCAAACAAGCGAUGGCGGCCUCGGUAGACAAUGCACUUGUACUCACAGUCCUCGAAGCCGAAAGUGGAAUGAUGGCCUUCGAUAAGAUCAAGAAGCGCUGGAACAGUCGAAGUAAACAGAUUACCAUCAUGAAAGAGAUCCUGCGGACAAGGUUCAAGAUUUGCGACACGACCGCAGACAUCGGAAGCCAUUUCCGGGCGAUCCGGGAUCUAGCCGGAAACUUAUUCAGAUCGGGGUUUGAGCUCACCAAGGAAUCAUUCAUCGGUCUCUUUUUCCAUCUUUCGCUACCCAGACUCGAUAUCCGUCCUUUUGUGAACAUCUCUCGCAGAAUUGACGCACAAUCUGGAGGUGCGGGAACAAUUUCCAAUGAUCAGUUGGUUCGACUUACUCGAACCGAGCUGGCAAACUUCCGUCGAAAUCACCAGAUCACUUUAUGCCAACCGAAUACCAGGCCGACUGGACAUUCUACACCCGGGGGUCAAAAUAACAGUGGUGAAUUACACAAGUUAAAGCGAUGUCACAAGUGCUAA